AUGCCAGAAGAUAUUCUUUCGCGUUAUUGCGAUGCUGGAAAAAUUGAGCUGCGUCUUUGGAAGCCAGAGCCAGGCGACCACUCCAAGACAGCUUCUCGAGAGUGGAUUAUGGAACAUGUACCGGGUGCAACAGCUUUGCUGUGCAUACCAAUGAAUAAAGUUGACGAGGCCGUUAUGGAGAGGGCUGGUGCUUCUUUGAAAGUUAUUUCCACAAUGAGCGUGGGAUACGAGCACAUCGACUGUGAAGCAGCGAAAAAACGAGGGAUUCGGAUCGGGUAUACGCCUGAUGUACUCUCGGGUGCUGUGGCAGAUUUGGCAUUGCUCCUUUCGUUGAACCUCAUGCGAAAUGUGAUUGAAGGCUACUUUACAGUUAAAGAUGGUGUCUGGGCGUCGAAUCCGUGGUCGCCUCUCAGUUUCUGUGGGCCUGCGCUCGAGGGAAAGACAGUCGGUUUUUUGGGCUUUGGUAGCAUUUCGCAAACGCUUGUGCGGAAGCUGAUGCCAUUCAGACCAGCCAAGAUAUUGUAUCAAACGGCCCGUCCACGUCCUUUUGACAUGCAUGAGGAUUACUUCCGUCACAUUGCGAAAGAUGACGUUCUUCAAUGCUACUUCAAGUGUCAUGGCCGACUGCCAGUACCGGUUGAGAACGAACCUGACACGAAACGUUUUGCGACACACUGCGAUGUCAUCUUGUACGUCUUGUGGUCAGAAUUUAUUAACUACGCAGUCUUAUCUGUACGUUGA